UUGGCAGUGCUAGCUACCAACCUGUGCGUUCGGCCGUAGUCCUCGCGAGAUCGAGCCCGGGAUUGCCGGGGCGCAGAUUGCAUGGACAACAUGCCGGGCGAACAGCAGCACGAUUCGGUCCACCGGCAGAUCCGCUUCGCCGACGGCAGCGGGAGCAGCAAUGACACCGACAAAGAGAGCAAGGGGAGCGGCAGCCCGGUGCAGGAGGUCCCCGAGGAUCCCCUGCAUGAAGUGGGACCCCAGCUCAAACUGCUCCCCAUGAAUGACCAGAUUCGGGAGCUGCAGACCAUCAUCAGGGACAGGACCACAAGCAGAGGCGACUUUGUAUUCUCUGCGGACCGGUUGAUCCGACUAGUUGUUGAAGAAGGCUUGAAUCAGCUUCCAUAUACAGAAUGCACAGUCACUACACCUACUGGUUACAAGUACGAAGGAGUAAAAUUUGAAAAAGGAAACUGUGGAGUGAGCAUUAUGAGGAGUGGUGAGGCCAUGGAACAAGGGCUAAGAGACUGCUGCCGCUCUAUCCGCAUUGGAAAGAUUCUAAUACAGAGUGACGAGGAAACACAACGGGCUAAAGUUUACUAUGCCAAAUUCCCUCCGGAUAUCUACAGAAGGAAGGUUUUGUUAAUGUACCCUAUACUAAGCACUGGCAAUACAGUUAUUGAGGCUGUGAAGGUCCUGAUUGAACACGGAGUCCAGCCUGCUUGUAUAAUAAUUCUCAGUCUUUUUUCUACUCCACAUGGUGCCAUCUCAAUCAUCCAGGAAUUCCCUGAUAUCACCAUUCUAACUACUGAGGUCCAUCCAGUCGCUCCCACACACUUUGGACAGAAAUAUUUUGGCACAGACUGAAGACUUGAAACCUUUCUGCUGGAUGAAAACAUAGUCAACGGCUGGUUAGCAUCCUGCAUCUCUUUGCACAUUGCUGCUUUCUCCAGCUCACGUUGAUUGGACUUGAGAAUAUGCAAUAUUUUUACUGUUCAUUUUUUUUUUUUACACUCAAAACGUCUGCCUUACCACCGCCACCAACUGAAUGGAAUUUUUACUUGAUUACGGAUUGCUCAUUGAGAUCCCUGGCUGUUUUAAUGCACAUUUCGUUCAAAAGCAGCUUGUAACCAUGCGCUGAAGCAUUCAAGGGCAUCAAAAAGUAUUUAUUUAUAUGUAUUACUGUUACAGCAAUGUAAAAAAUACAAUUGUAAUAUGGUGAAAA